ACCAUAGUCGACGUCAAGAAACUUGGAAAUAUCACGGAGGUCGAGUCGAACAGUGACCUCUUUGGGCCCUUCGUAAGUCUUCGCGAACGAUAUCGGUAAUGCAAGAAUGUACUCCUGGCAUGACAUUCGAAGAGGCCGACGAUAGAGACAGCGAAAUUAGAGCCGGGACCGGAGACUGCAAUGUAAAACCAGAAACAGAUGUUGACUUUUCCCCGCUGGGACUAUGCGUCAUGUUCAGACCCAGCACAGCCUAUGACCCGUUCGAGGAUCCCCAUUCAACUGCAACGCCAACGAGCAACUCAAAAGGCACCAAAUUCACCUCUAACGCUUUCGCUCAACUCGAGACUCAUUCCCGCGCGUUCGCGUUCUCAGUUCUCAUCCUCAAAGACGAGGCGCGCCUUAUCCGAUGGGACCGCGCAGGCGCAGUUGUCACCAGCUGAUUUAAUUACGUGGACCAUUCUAAGCUUCUGGCCAAGUUCUUCUGGCGAUUCACACAUCUAUCGCGUGGGGAACAGGGCCACGAGACAUCGAUUCGUGGUUUGAAGUUGUGCACAUUGUCGAGAAAACUCGGUCGUGCGACUCGCGUGUCGCCCGACGAGGAGGCAUCUUGUGUCCCAGAUCUGCAAGCUCUUCGCCGAAGAGUGGAAGCAAGAAAACUGGAUGGAAACCAGGUCCGCGGAAGAUUCGAGUGCCCGCAACCCGUCGAGUUGCGUGGGCGGAAUUGGAGAUACGAUGGAAUUUUUGGAGAGUGCGAAGCUAAGGCAGGUUCGAAGGGGACGGCAGGAAAACGGGAUGAUCGGGAGGGCGAAGCUGGCUACAAAAUCUUGCUUGGCCCUGCCGGACAGCCUCUAACUAGCUUUGGAUCUGCCAAAGAAAUGACACAGGGUAUGUUAGAGGUUGUGUGCGGUAAGUAAUAUCGAU